AUGUAAGAAAAAAUAACUAUUAAACUUGAUCCAUAAAACCCAAAUUAGAGAAAAGAGGAUGAUGAGGAGUCAGAUUAAUCAAAGGAAGAUAAUAAUAUUUCUGAUUCAAAAAACUCUGAAAAAAAUAAUUAAUCAGAAUUAUUAAUAAAGAUGAUUAAAAGCACAGUUUAUAUUUAUGCAUAUUUCACCAUAAGCAUUAAAAUAUUAAACUUGUUUAAAUCAAAGUACAAAUUCAUGUGGAAUAUGUAUGAGCAUAUUAAAAAAUGA